CAGGGAAAUGAAUCAGAAAUGGAACAGCCAUGACUUACACUGGCACCCAUAUGGAAUGCUGGCCCCACAGUCAGGAUUAGCCUGCGAUACCACUGCACCUGCCCCAACAGUUCAGUUUUAAACAGAUUCGUUUCUGCUUCCUAUUUUGCAAAAAAUGUUAUUUUAUUUGUUAAUUUUUAGGAUAAUCAUUUUACUCUAUUUUCCUUACUCCAACUUGUGACUAUAUCUUUAGAGAUAGACCAAUAUCUGCAGUAUAGACUCAUUGCCCUGGGAUUAAAUUUGAUUGUUUCUCAUCAUUAGAGGUUUUCUGUGGUUUGUUUUCCAAAGAAUUAAUUACUUCAUGAGCAAGGGAGGUUAUGAAUUUUUCCGCUAAUUCAUUUGCUGAGAGAUGCAAGUUUGCGAAUAAUUGGUUUCCACUAGUAAUUUGGACUAAAUAGUCCCAACUUAAUAGCACUAGCAAAAUGGAAUGCAGAAAUGCCACUUUCUUGUCAUUGAGUAUUUCCCAUAGGAUGCUAAUAGCCACAUCAACAUUUGUCAGAUACAACUGGUUUUCUUUGCCCAGAGCUUGUGGUUCUCCAACCACAGACUAGGAGACAACAGAUCCUGGUGGUAAGAUGCAGGUUUUAGGUUAGCUCCUGGGUUUGAAAAAGUUUAGAUGUUUAGGUAACCUUGACAAGCUACUCAACUGCUUUAAGUGUUCUGGGACGUAACAGUAAUUCUCAGAGUCGUGAAGACUGAGUAUAAGUACAAAGUACUUAGCAUCAUGCUUGAUAGCAUAGUAAGACUUGGAAAAGUCACUGAAACGAAGGAGUCCUAACCGGCUGGAUUCAAUGUGUUAAUAGUUGGUUGGAAUUAAUUAAAAUUAAGAACUGAAUCAGAUUUAGAUGCCUUUUGUCUGCAAGGUACUUCUCUGGUUGCUGCUGUAAUCCUGGUGUAGUUGCAAGUCUGAAAAGCUUCCAGUGUUUUGAUUUCUGACCCAUCUUUCUCCACCAUUCAUGCUUAUAUUGUUUUGGUUCCAGUCGCCAUUUCUUACGAAACCAAUCAAAUGCAUCCUUAUGUGUGUGAUGUUGUCAAUAUCCAUCCACAUCCACCAUGUCUAGGUUCAACUCUUAUCUUCUCUAUGCUGGUCUAAGUUUUGCCGAGCAUUAGAGGCAAAGUCAGACUUUAGGGGUUGAUAUGGGACCUCCAGAAUGGGGACUGCACAGAAUAAUCUUAUUUUUCCUCUAUUCUUCUAGUCUGUUAUGUUCUGAACCCACACAUGUUUUCGGAAGGACCAGAUGGCUGACACUGGCUAAUGGGAACCAAAAGACAAGAGUGAAAGUAACCUGGUUGUCACAUACCCCCAGCUUAGAGGUGCUCCACCCUGCCCCAAGAGCAAUUUCUUUUUUCCCUGGAGUCUUCACCCGCUGUAUCAAAAAACUUCAGCAUGGCUUCUCUGAGGUUAGAGUACCACUAAGUCAAGCCACAGCAUUUACCGAAUGAAAAAAAGAGUGCUCAGGACCGUGGAAAGGUUAUGGAACCUGGGGCUUAGAAUCGUGGAUCUGAGUUCAAAUCCAGCUCUACCACCUUUGAGCUUCUUGCAAAAAGCAACUUGUUUAAAUUUCUCCAAACCUCAGUUUUCUCUUCGUAAAUUGGGAAUAAUAAUAAUAAUAAUCAUCAUCGUUUGAAAUGAGGAAAUCAACGAAAUAUUAUGGAUAAAUUAUUUUACCUUAUGCCAAGCUGUAUGCUAAAUACCCAACACCUUUGUUAUUAAAGAGUUAAUAGUCAAAUGAGAAGAUAAGCACAAAGAACAAGAACAAGGCUUGAAAUGCACAUAAAGCAUAAAAUUGAAGUGCUAAAAUGAUUGAAGUCAGGCAAGUUUCUAGAACUUUGUGAAAAGAGGUGAACUCAGACAUGGGAAAAGAUUGGCAUGGUUUCCCUAAUGCAGUCAGGCUGGUCCAGGUUCAAAGAAUGAUCUUUAAAAGAUUGUAUAGAGUCAUUCUAGAUCGCUAAGCCAAAGAACGACUUAGCUGACUUUCCCUGCUAAAGAAACAAGUUGACUAAGUAAAAAUAGCUACACCCUCGAAUCAUGUCAGCUGAUCAGGAAGGUAGGCUCAGUCCUGAAACCCAGCAAAAUGAGCAAACCGGAACUUGCUGGUAGUCACAGUACACAACCAGAGAGGAGUCGUCUAAAGAGAUGACAAGGUUGUUUCGAGUGAGUUAGAUGCUCAGGGGACCCAGAAGAGAGAAGUCAUGAGGUAGGUUUUCUUCUUUGAAGGUGGGGAAAAAUCAAGUGCAGACUGAGCUGUGGCCAACGUGUGCAGACCAGGAAUCCACACUAGCUCUAAUCAGAGAGCUGUUGGUGUGCGGAGCUGCCAGUUUGCCGACGUGAAAAGAGCCCCAGACUGGCUAAUGGUGAGCCCUGAAGUCGCACCCCAGCUCUGCCACUCAGUGAGCACGGCAACAUCCCUAAUCCUGACCAGCCAUGGAGAGGUUCGGUUCUUACCAGAAAAAUGAGUGAAUGUGGGAAUGGCUCACCACAUUGGGAAAACAAAACACAUCCUGCUGAUGGUUGGCUGAGGACUGUCAUGUCCACAUACAAAGAAAAAGCAUGUGGCACAGUUUUAGGACAAAGAUAUGGUUUUGUGGAGUUUGAUGAUCUGCGUGAUGCAGAUGAUGCUGUGUAUGAACUCAACGGCAAAGACCUUUGUGGUGAACGAGUAAUAGUUGAGCAUGCCCGAGGCCCACGUCGAGAUGGCAGUUACGGUUCUGGACGCAGUGGCUAUGGUUAUAGAAGAAGUGGUCGAGAUAAAUAUGGCCCUCCCACCCGCACAGAGUACAGACUUAUAGUGGAGAAUUUGUCAAGUCGGUGCAGCUGGCAAGACCUAAAGGAUUAUAUGCGUCAGGCAGGAGAAGUGACUUACGCAGAUGCCCACAAGGGACGCAAGAAUGAAGGGGUGAUUGAAUUUGUGUCUUACUCCGAUAUGAAAAGAGCUUUGGAAAAGUUGGAUGGAACAGAAGUCAAUGGCAGAAAAAUCAGAUUAGUUGAAGAUAAGCCUGGCUCUCGACGGCGCCGAUCCUACUCCAGGAGCCGGAGCCAUUCCAGAUCUCGCUCCAGAAGCAGACAUUCCCGGAAGAGCAGAAGCCGAAGUGGCAGCAGCAAGAGCAGUCGUUCUAAGAGCAGAUCCCGGUCCAGGUCAGGGUCCCGUUCCCGGAGCAAGAGCCGCAGCCGCAGUAAGAGCCGCAGCCGCAGCAAGAGCCGCAGCCGCAGCAAGAAGGAGAAAAGCAGGAGCCCCAGCAAAGAUGACGGCAGCCGCAGCAGGAGCCGCAGCGCCGGCCAGAGCCGCAGCAAGAGUAAAGAUCAGGUGGAAGAGAAGGCCCAGGACAGUGACAGCGCCAGCAAGCCCAAAAGCCAGAGUCCCAGUCGGCAUAAAAGUAAGAGUAAGAGCAGGAGCAGGAGUCCGGAGCGGAGAGAAGGGGAGGGGACGCACAGGGGCGGGAGCCGGAGCCGGAGCCAGGAGAAGAGUGACCACCGUCGGAGCCGGAGCAAAGGGGGCAGCAGGAGCCGCAGCAGGAGCCGCAGCAAGAGCAAGGACAAGAGAAGGGGCAGGAAACGGAGCAGGGAGGAGAGCCGCAGCCGCAGCCGCAGCCUGAGUCGCAGCCGUAGCCGCAGCCGCAGCCGCAGCAAGAGCGAGAGGAGCCGGAAGCGAGGCAGCAAGCGGGACGGCAAGACGGGCAGCGGCAAGAAGAAGAAGGAAGACACCGAGCGCUCCCAGUCCAAGUCGCCGUCCCGCUCGAGGUCAAAGGAGCAGGAACAGGCCAGAUCCGACUCUGGCCAGAGGGAAGGCCAAGGAGAGAGCGAGGAUGCUGCCCCCAAGCAGGAGGGCCGGUCCAGGUCAAGAUCCAAUUCCAAACCAAAAGCAAACCUUCCAUCAGAAUCACGUUCCCGAUCAAAGUCCGUUUCGAAAACCCAAUCACGAUCCAAAUCUCGGUCCAGAUCUGCUUCCAGGUCGCCCUCCCGGUCGCGAUCCAGGUCCUAACUGGUCACGGCCGCGGCUGGAACCACGGAGAAGUCUUUGUACAUGUUUGGUAGCCGUAGCACAAGUGAUUGAAGUAGAACACGUCACUGCUGUACAUUUUUAACUCCCUUAAUGGUGUGUCUAUAAUUGUUAAAUCUAAGUGCUUCCUCUCAGUAAAGCCUCCUGCUCGACUGAAAAAAAAAA